AUUGUUUAUGGUCAUUAUAUCACGCGUCACAAACCUUACAGCAACGCGAAGAUGCCAUGUUCACCAGAUUCCGACCAUUCAAUCGCCCAAUCGCUGGCAAACCCGCAGCUUUCCGUCUUGUCAUCCUCUGCCUAUACUCCGCUCCCUCUCUCCUCCGUUCUCAUCGACCGCCAGAUUAUGAACCCAACCACGACCAGAACCAGCUCCGACUACAAGAACCCAUCACAAACAGACCAUAUUGGACUAAGAGGAUCCACAAUCUAUGCACCAUACACCGUAACGUCGAAGAAGCCCUUCGCCUCCUCGACUUCCUCUGCCUCCAUGGCUACCUCCCGGAUUCCCUUAAUCUUAGUAGCAUUAUUCACGCCCUUUGCGACGCCAACCGAUUCCCCGAAGCUCACCAUCGUUUUCUUCUGUCCUUAGCUUCUGGUUUAGCACCCGAUGAGCGCACCUGUAAUGUAAUAAUUGCUCGGUUACUAGAUUCCAGAACCCCACAGAGCACAUUUCAUGUUAUACGAUCUCUGCUUGAUGUAAAGCCCGAGUUUGUGCCUUCUUUGAUUAGCUAUAAUCGUUUGAUCGACCAGUUUUGUACGGUUUAUUCUGUAAAUGUGGCGCAUAGGUUGUUUUUUGAUAUGAAAAACAGGGGUCAUUGUCCUAAUGCUGUUACGUAUACUACUUUGAUAAAUGGGUACUGUAAAAUUGGUGACUUGGGGACUGCGCACAAGCUGCUCGACGAAAUGCGUGAGUGUAGUGUGGUGCCUAAUUCGCUCACUUAUAGCGUGUUGAUUCGCUGGGUGUUUAGAAGGCGAGAUGUUGAAUAUGGGAAGGAGUUGAUGGGCAAGCUUUGGGAGAGAAUGAAGGAUGAAAAUGAUCCCAGUUUGAACACUGCUGCCUUUGCCAAUCUCAUUGAUUCUUUGUGUAGAGAGGGGUUCUUCAAUGAAGUUUUCAGGAUUGCAGAGGAAACACCUCAAGGAAUGAGUGUGAAUGAGGAAUUUGCUUAUGGUCAUAUGAUUGAUGCUCUUUGCAGAGCUGGAAGGAACCAUGGUGCUUCAAGGGUUAUCUAUAUAAUGAGGAAGAAAGGGCUUAGGCCUAGCUUAAUGUCAUACAAUUCUGUUAUACAUGGGCUUUGCAAGGAGGGAGGUUACAUGAGGGCUUACCAGUUGUUAGAGCAAGGGAUGGAGUACAGUUACUUGCCUUCUGAAUACACUUACAGGAUCCUAGUAGAAGGCCUUUGCCAAGAAUCUGACAUUGACAAGGCAAAGCAACUUCUUCAGAUAAUGUUGAAUAAGGAUGGUGUGGAUAGAACUAGAAUUUACAAUAUAUAUCUACAAGCUCUUUGCCUAAUGAAUAACCCAACUGAGCUUUUAAAUGUAGUUGUUUUUAUGCUUCAGACCCAGUGUCAACCUGAUGUGAUUACCUUAAACACAGUUAUCAAUGGGUUCUGCAAAAUGGGGAGGAUUGAAGAAGCUUUGAAGAUACUAGAUGAUAUGAUGAUGGGCAAAUUUUCUGCUCCUGAUGCAGUUACAUUCACUACUAUUAUCUGUGGUCUACUAGACGCUGGGAAAACAAAAGAAGCUCUUGCUCUAUUGAAUGAAGUAAUGCCUAAAAAAGGUUACAAACCUGGUGUUAUUACUUAUAAUGCAGUUGUUCGUGGUCUGUUUAAAAUCCAUGAAGCAAGCAAAGCAAUGGGGGUCUUCAAUAGCAUGGUAAGUAAUGGUGUGGCUGGAGACAGUACCACUUAUGCCAUAAUUGUUGAUGGAUUAUGUCAGUCAGGCCAAAUAGAGGAGGCUAAGAGAUUCUGGGAUGAUACCAUUUGGCCUUCACAAAUUCAUGAUGAAUAUGUUUAUGCAGCUAUUCUAAAGGGUCUUUGUAACUCAGGCAAUUUGAACGAGGCUUGUCAUUUCCUUUAUGAACUGGUUGAUUCUGGGGUCACUCCGAAUAUCAUAUGCUAUAACAUUGUGAUUGACAAGGCAUGCAAGUUAGGCUUGAAGAAAGAAGCUUAUCAAAUUGUGGGAGAACUGAGAAAGAAUGGGCUUGAACCAGAUGCAGUAACUUGGAGGAUUCUUGAUAAAUUACAUGGCAACCAGAGGAUAGAAUUUUGUGCCAAGGAUUCACCAAUUCAACCAUGAAUUGAAGGCAGUCAAGAGAGGAAAUCUUUCAGUUGAUUGUAUUGGCACUUGAACAUAUGUGUUUGACAUUCAGCUAUAUCUAUUCUGAGAGGAUCUCACUUCUUAGUUCCAUAGCAAAGGUCAGAUUAUGGGUGAUGAUGCUGGAUUUCAGUGUGAUUCUUUGAUUCUCAAUCUCAAGUUGUUAAGCUCUUUCUGAGAACUUUAAGGGACAAGAGAACUUCAAGGAGAAUGUCACUCAUUUCACUCUGUCUCUGACUGGGCAGUUUGAAAUGGAACCCAGAAAGUUGAUGCUGUGCUUUGGAAAAUCCAUUUCUCAGGAAUGUGGGUUCUGUUCUUCGCUGAACAUGUAAUGCAUGAGAAUGAAGAUAGGCUAGUGCCUGUUAAUUGUGGCACUAGAAAGCUCAACAACUCGUGUAUUGGGUGCCAGGCCUUUUUUUUCCAACUUGCUGACGGUUUGUGCAAACAAUAACAUCAUAAAGGCACAUACAAUUGGAGAAGGGACUACUUGAGGUCAGCUUUUGU